AUGCAAAGAAUCACCAUCAUCUUUCAAGCGUUCCAUGAUCUUGCUGUUGUUGUCAUACCAGUGCAGAUUACGGUGUCGAGAGUCGAAGGCCAAGAUUCAGUCAAGCAGAGAAUCAACCAAGCAGAGAAUCAAGCAAGCAGAGAAUCAAUCAAGCAGAGAAUCAAGCAAGCAGAGAAUCAAUCAAGCAGAGAAUCAAUCAAGCAGAGAAUCAACCAAGCAGAGAAUCAACCAAGCAGAAUCAAUCAAGCAGAGAAAAUAACUGACAGAGAAACAAUCAAGCAGAGAAUCAAUCAAGCAGAAAUCAAACAGCGAAUCAAUCAAGCAGAGAAUCAAAGAAUCAAUCAAGCAGAGAUCAAGCAAGCAGAGAAUCAAGCAAGCAGAGAAUCAAUCAAGCGAAAUCAAUUAAGCAAAGAAUCAAUCAAGCGGGAAUCAAUUAGACAGGGAAUCAAUCAGAGAAUCAAUCAAGCAGAGAAUCAAUCAAGCAGAGAAUCAAUCAAGCAGUGGAUCAAUCAGAAUCAAUUAAAGGGAAUCAAUCAAUCAGAGAAUCAAUCAAGCAGAGAAUCAAUCAAGCAGAAAAUCAAUCAAAGAGAAUCAAUCAAGCGGAAAUCAAUUAAAGAAUCAAUCAAUCAAGAAUCAAUCAAGCAGUGGAUCAAUCAAGCAGAAUCAAUCAAUCAGAGAAUCAAUCAAGCAGAGAAUCAAUCAAGCAGAGAAUCAAUCAAGCAGAGAAUCAAUCGGAGAAUCAAUCAAGCAGUGGAUCAAAUCAAGCAGAGAAUCAAUCAAGCAGAGAAUCAACCAAGCAGAGAAUCAAUCAAGCAGAGAAUCAAUCAAUCGAGAAUCAAUCAAGCAGAGAAUCAAUCAAGCAGAGAAUCAAUCAAUCAAGAAUCAAUCAAACAGAGAAUCAAUCAACAGAGAAUCAAUCAAUCAGAGAAUCAAUCAAUCAGAGAAUCAACCAAGCAGAGAAUCAAUCAAUCGAGAAAUCAAUCAAUCAGAGAAUCAAUCAAGCAGAGAAUCAAUCAAAGAAUCAAUCAAAGCAGAGAAUCAAUCCAACAGAGAAUCAAUCAAUCAGAGAAUCAAUCAAUCUGA